UGACCUUUAGCUGCACCAAUAUCCGGUAAAGACUGCGCUAGUUUCCGGAAGCGGCUCAGUUAGAGAAAGAUGGCGUCCAGCGUAGGCUCUUCGGGGCCCGCUUGGGAAGUUGCGGUGCGGCCGCUGCUCUCAGCCUCAUACUCGGCGUUUGAUAUGAAGGAGCUGCCUCAGCUGGUGGCCUCGGUGAUAGAGAGUACAACAGAGAUUCUGCAUCAUGACAAACAGUACGAGCCCUUCUACUCCUCCUUUGUGGCACUUUCCACUCACUACAUCACUACAGUGUGCGGCCAGAUUCCUAGGAACCAGCUCCAGUCUGUCGCUGUUGCCUGCAAAGUUCUGCUUGAAUUCUCCCUGUUACGACUGGAGAGUCCUGAUGAGGCCUGUGCUGUGUCUCAGAAACACCUGAUCCUACUCAUUAAGGGAUUAUGCAGUGGUACCAGCCGCCUGGACCGAACCGAGAUCAUCACCUUUACAGCAAUGAUGAAAUCCUCCAAACUCCCUCAGACUGUGCAGACUCUCUCUGAUGUGGAAGAUCAGAAAGAAAUUGCAGUUCUGCCGAGCCCAGAGCUGCGCCAAAAAGAGGUCCAGAUGAACUUCCUAAACCAGCUGACUUCUGUGUUUAACCCUAGAGGGGCAGGGUCUCCACCUCAUGCAUCACACACACAGGUGGAAAAUGAGAGUGAAGAUUCUACAGCCGAUCCGGUGUCUAAUGCCAAAACCAAGAGCGUCUUCAUUUCCCAGAAUGUGGCCAGUCUCCAAGAAUUAGGGGGGUCAGAGAAGCUGCUGCGUGUUUGCUUGAACCUCCCCUACUUCCUGAGGUACAUAAACAGGUUUCAGGACGCCGUUUCAGCGAAUUCCUUCUUCAUCAUGCCUGCUACUGUGGGAGACGCCACUGCGGUGCGCAAUGGGUUCCACUCUCUUGUGAUUGAUGUGACUAUGGCCCUUGAUACACUCUCCUUGCCUGUAAUGGAACCACUCACUCCCCAACGACUGAAGGAUGUCACAUUGUUGGCCCUCAGCUGUUUAUAUGCAGGUGUGAGUGUAGCAACAUGUAUGGCAAUCCUCCAUGUUGGAAGUACACAACAAGUCCGAACAGGAUCCACCAGCUGCAAAGAGGAAGACUAUGAGAAUGAUGCUGCGACCAUUGUGCAGAAAUGUCUUGAAAUCUAUGAGAUGAUUGGACAGGCCAUUAACAGUUCCCGCAGAGCCGGAGGAGAGCACUACCAGAACUUCCAGCUCUUGGGGGCCUGGUGCCUUGUGAACAGCCUCUACCUGAUUCUGAACCUGAGUCCCACAGCUCUUGCUGAUAAAGGAAAGGAAAAGGAUCCCCUGGCAGCACUUAGAGUUCGGGACAUUGCUCGGGCCAAAGAGGGAGUGGGCUCCCCAAAACUGGCACCCGUGAAAGGACACCAGGGGUUUGGGGUCCUGUCAGUAGUUCUAGCAAACCACGCAAUCAAACUGCUCACAUCACUGUUCCAGGACCUGCAAGUGGAGACUCUGCACAAGCAGCCACUGGACACGGAUGGACCCCUGGCAGAGUUAAACAUCACAGCUCAGAGCACAUCUAUUCAAAGAAUCCAGAGGCUUAUCGAUUCCAUCCCUCUGACUAACCUGCUAUUCACCAUCCUGUCUACAUCCUACCGCAAGGCUUGUGUCCUGCAGCGCCAAAGAAAGGGCUCUAUGAGCAGCGAUGCCAGCGCCUCUACAGACUCAAAUACUUACUAUGAGGAUGACUUCAGCAGUACAGAAGAGGACAGCAGUCAGGGCAAUGUGUGCAGAAGGAGAAGAGCUAUACCCAUGGGCGCGUUACUGCACGGAGAAGAUGAUGAUGACAGCGAGCCAAUCCUGGGGCAGUGGUUUGAAGAGACAAUCUCCCCAAGCAAAGAAAAAACUGUUCCUCCUCCACCUCCUCCCCCACCCCCUCUAGAGAGCUCCCCAAGGGCAAAGAGCCCCAGCAAGCAAAAUAAUGGGGAAAAUGGCAAUAUUUUGGCCAGCCGCAAGGAUCCAGAACUGUUCCUUAGCGUGGCUUCCAGCACUUUGAACUUUAUCACGGGCUGCAUGCUAAAUUGUCGCAGCAACUUCAUCCGCAACUAUCUGAGCGUUUCUCUGACCGAGCAGCACAUGGCCACUCUGGCUAGCAUCAUCAAGGACAUGGAUAAAGAUGGGCUGAAAGGCUCCUCGGAUGAAGAUUUUGCAGUUGCUCUCUACCAGUUUAACCACUGCCUUGUGACUUCAGAUCUACAGUCUCCUACACUACAGAAUGCUCUCCUACAACAACUGGGGGUUGCUCCUUUAAGCGAGGGUCCGUGGCCCCUUUAUAUUCAUGCCCAGAGCCUCUCUGUGCUGUCACGACUGCUCCUGCUCUGGCAGCACAAGGCAAGUGCUCAGGGAGAGCCAGACGUGCCUGAAUGUCUACGAGUUUGGGAGAGGUUUGUUGGGACUCUGAAACAGAAUGCAAUGCAGGGAGUAGUUCCUGGUGACACAGAAGAUGUGAAUGUGGAUCAUCUUCAGCUGCUUCUAAUGAUCUUCCAUAACUUGUCAGAGAGAGGACGUGGCUCUGUGCUCUUACUGUGUGUCCAGACUCUGCAGGAGCUGUCAGAUAGCCUGGACUCCCAGCUCUGUACUGUACCUCUGCUGCUCGGCCGACUGCUGCUUGUGUUUGAUUACCUGCUGCACCAGUACUCUAAGCCCCCUCUCUAUCUGUUUGAACAGGUGCAACAUAACCUUCUGACUCCACCAUUCGGGUCCAGAACAUCUCAAGACAGCACUGCUCGCACCUCUCCUUUAUACCACAGUUUUAAAGAAGUUGAAGAAAACUGGGCCAAACAUUGUUCAGCAGAUGCUGCCCCACAACCUCGCUUCUAUUGCAUUCUGUCUCAGGAAGCUUCAGAGGAUGACCUCCAUCGACUGGACAGCACAGUGUGUGAAGUAUUGUUCUCCCGAGUCAUGAAGUACGACAAUCUGUACUCAUCCCUAAUUCGCUUGCUUGCUGCCGGAUCUCAAUUUGAUACAGUGCGACGCAAUGAAAACAAAAACAUUACACCCCUGGAGGCUUGUGCACUGCAAUAUCACUUUCUGAUACUGUGGAGAAUUCUGGGAAUUUUGCCUCCAUCCAAGGGCUACAUCAAACAGCUCUCCCUAAAUGGAGUCGCUUCUACUGAAUGUGAAAUCCUGCACACCCUGCGCUGGGCCUCCCGCCUUCGAGUGUCCUCAUACCAGCAAUGGAUAAAGGAUCACCUUGUAAAACAGGGCAUGAAGUCUGAGCUGGCUGCCACUUCCAUCGACCAAACGUCUGCCAAUUGCAACUCCAUCAAGUACGACGUGGAAAUGGCAGAGGAGUACAUAGCCAAACAGAUUUCCAUGUACUGCAGCACCGGCGCUUACACAUUUGAGCAGCUGCGACAGGGGCCCAACUUGCAAUGCAUUUAUACACUGGACGCUGUCAUCUGCAAAGUGCAGGUGUCUCUGGACGAGCAUUUCUCUAGGCUCUCAACCGAGACCGACCCACAAAAAGCCUCUCAAGUAGCCAAGAACCUCCUGCCUGCUGCCUUACAGCUUCUGGAUAUGUAUGCAUCUCUCACACGCUGCUACCUCCUGCAGAACCUCCCCGAAGAAGGAUCGGAUGAGCAGAAGCUGCUGGGAUAUGCUGCUGUGCUGGCAAUUGGCUCUGCCAAGUGCAAAUCUAACACCCUGGGCCCAGUCUUGGUACAAAAUCUUCCGACUGCCGUGCAGUCUCUUUGUGAGUCUUGGAAUACCAUCUACACUAAUGAGUUUCCCAGCAUUGGCUCAUGGCGCAAUGCAUUUGCCAAUGACACAAUUCCCUCCGAGAGUUAUAUCGGCGCUGUACAAGCAGCUCACCUGGGAACUCUGUGUAGUCCGACUCUGUCUCUCGCUGCCUCCCUUAAGCACGUUCUCCUGUCGCUUGUCAGGCUCACUGGGGAUCUGAUCAUAUGGUACCCCGAGGAUCUGAAUUCACGGCAACUCAUACAAUCCCUGCUACCCCUUCUUCUGGAGAGCAGCACAGAGAGUGUGGCUGAGUUAUGCAUUACCUCCCUGGAGCGGGUCCUGGGCCCAGCAGAGUCCGAUGACUUCCUCUCAUGCGUCUACGAGAAACUCAUAACCGGCUGUUACAAUAUCCUGGCCAACUACUCGGACCCAGCAAGUGGUCUUGACGAAUCCAUUUUAGAGGAGUGUCUGCAACACUUGGAGAAGCAACUAGAAAGCAGCCAAGCCCGCAAAGCAAUGGAGGACUACUUCACUGACAGGGGAGAACUGGUGCAGAUCAUGAUGGCUACUGCAAAUGAGGCUCUCUCAGCCAAAUUCUGCAACAAAGUCCUGAAGUUCUUCACCAAACUCUUCCAAUUAACUGAGAAGAGCCCCAAUCCCAGCCUUCUCCGUCUCUGUGGAACACUGGCUCAGCUUGCCUGCGUGGAGCCACCUCGCUUACAGUCUUGGCUCAUCCGUAUGACAGCAGCACCACCCAAAGACUCAGACCAAUCGGAAAUUGUGCAAGAGAACCGCCAGUUACUGCAACUGCUGACUGCUUACAUUGUGCGAGAGAACAGCCAAGUAGGAGAAGGAGUUUGCACCGUGCUGCUCAGCACCCUCAUACCCAUGGCCACGGACCUUCUUGCUAACGGAGAUGGAACUGGCUUUCCAGAGCUGAUGGUGGUCAUGGCAACAUUGGCUAGUGCCGGGCAAGGGGCUGGACAUCUACAGCUGCACAGAGCUGCCAUGGAUUGGUUGUCAAGAUGUAAGAAGUACCUUUCACAGAAAAAUGUUGUGGAGAAAAUGAACAACAAUGUGAUGCAGGGGAAGCAUGUGACCAUCCUGGAGUGCACAUGUCACAUUGUGGCUUAUCUGGCUGAUGUCACCAAUGCGUUGAGUCACAGCUCUGGACACGGGCACAGCCAUCCUCCUGUUGACGGGGAGGAGAGAGCAAUAGAGGUGGAUUCUGAUUGGGUGGAGGAAUUGGCUGCUGAGGAAGAUGACUCUCAGGCUGAGGACUCUGAUGAAGAUUCCCUGUGCAAUAAACUUUGCACAUUUACUAUCACCCAGAAAGAGUUCAUGAACCAGCAUUGGUAUCACUGCCACACGUGCAGAAUGGUUGAUGGCGUGGGAGUGUGUACGGUGUGUGCUAAAGUCUGCCACAAGGAUCACGAGAUUUCCUAUGCUAAAUACGGCUCCUUUUUCUGUGACUGCGGAGCAAAGGAAGAUGGCAGCUGCCUGGCCUUGGUUAAGAGAACCCCCAGCAGUGGGAUAGGUUCCACCAUGAAAGAAUCUGCUUUCCAGAACGAGCCCCGCCUUCCAGACAGCACAAUUCGCCACGUAGGUUCCGCCCUCUCAGACAAGGGCAAGGUCACCAUCAGUGAUGGAAAGGGAGACGACGACAAACCAAAGAGGAGCAGCUUGUGCCGUAACAUCGAAGGCUGCAGAGAGGAACUCGUAUGUCAGGCGAAUGUCUCCUUUGCACCCCUAGUCCUGGAUAUGCUGAACUUCUUGAUGGGUGCCAUACAAAAUAACUUCCAGCAGGCUUCUGCAGUUGGGAGUAGCAGCCGAGCCCAGCAGGCUUUGGAUCAGCUACACUCUAUGGACAAGAGUGUGGAAAUGACUGAUCAGUUAAUGGUUCCCACACUUGGCUCUCAGGAAGGAGCUUUUGAGAACGUGAGAAUGAAUUACAGUGGAGAUCAGGGACAGACGAUCCGUCAGCUGAUUAGCGCCCAUGUGUUGCGCAGAGUCGCAAUGUGUGUCCUGUCCUCCCCCCACGGCCGGAGGCAGCAUCUUGCUGUAAGCCAUGAAAAGGGAAAAAUUACAGUAUUACAACUCUCUGCUCUCCUGAAACAAGCCGAUUCCAGCAAGAGAAAACUCACCUUAACGCGCCUGGCCUCUGCCCCUGUUCCCUUCACUGUUCUCAGCUUGACUGGGAACCCCUGUAAAGAGGAUUACCUGGCUGUGUGUGGACUUAAGGACUGUCACGUUCUGACGUUCAGCAGCUCUGGAUCAGUCUCUGAUCACUUGGUGCUUCAUCCUCAGUUGGCAACUGGGAAUUUUAUCAUUAAAGCUGUGUGGUUGCCAGGCUCUCAGACUGAACUGGCCAUUGUAACUGCAGACUUUGUAAAGGUUUACGACUUGUCUUCAGAUGCUCUCAGCCCCACAUUUUACUUCCUGCUGCCGAGCUCCAAAAUACGGGACGUCACUUUCCUUUUCAACGAGGAAGGAAAAAACAUCAUUGUCAUUAUGUCCUCUGCGGGUUAUGUGUACACUCAGCUCAUGGAGGAGGCCAGCAGUGCCAGGCAUGGGCCAUUUUAUGUCACCAAUGUUCUGGAAGUGAACCAUGAGGACCUUAAGGACAGUAACGGGCAAGUUGCAGGGGGAGGCGUCUCUGUCUAUUACUCUCACGUCCUUCAGAUGCUCUUCUUCAGUUACAGUCAAGGCAAAUCCUUCGCCGCCACCAUGAACAGAGUGACUUUGGAGAUACUGCGCCUUUUCCCCAUUAACAUAAAGAGUUCAAAUGGAGGGAGUAAGACCUCUCCAGCCCUUUGUCAGUGGUCAGAAGUAAUGAACCAUCCCGGUCUGGUGUGCUGUGUCCAGCAGACGACAGGAAUUCCUCUUGUGGUCAUGGUGAAGCCCGACAGUUUUCUCAUUCAGGAGAUCAAGACAUUGCCGGCCAAAGCCAAGAUUCAGGACAUGGUUGCCAUUCGGCACACGGCCAGCAAUGACCAGCAGAGGACCACCAUGAUCCUUCUGUGUGAGGAUGGAAGUCUGCGCAUCUACAUGGCCAAUGUAGAGAACACAUCCUAUUGGCUUCAGCCUUCUCUGCAGCCCAGCAGCAGCAUUAGUAUCCUGAAACCUGUACGCAAACGCAAGCCUGCCGCUGUCAUGACCCGUACAUCCAGUCAGGUGACCUUUCCUAUUGAUUUCUUCGAGCACAAUCAGCAGCUUACGGAUGUGGAGUUUGGAGGCAACGACCUUUUGCAGUUGUACAAUGCACAGCAGAUAAAGCACCGACUCAAUUCAACUGGGAUGUACGUUGCAAACACUAAGCCUGGCGGAUUUACAGUUGAAGUAACAAACAACAACAGCACCAUGGUUAUGACUGGAAUGCGCCUUCAGAUUGGCACCCAGGCCGUUGAGAGGGCCCCGUCUUACAUUGAGAUGUUUGGCCGCACUAUGCAGUUAAAUUUGAGCCGCGCUCGAUGGUUUGACUUUCCCUUUACGCGUGAAGAAGCUCUGCAAGCAGACAAAAAGUUAACCUUAUUCAUCGGUGCUUCUGUGGAUCCAGCUGGUGUCACCAUGAUUGAUGCCAUUAAAAUUUAUGGGAAGACCAAGGAGCAAUUCGGUUGGCCUGAUGAACCCCCGGAUGACUUCCCGUCUGCGUCUGUGAGCAGCGUGUGCCCCCCCAACCUGAACCAAGGGAACGGAUCCACAGAUGGAGAGGCGACGGCUCCACCCUCAAACAACGGCACUGCCAUUGAAAGGUGUGAGAGUAGCUGCUUCCCCGGUCAUGUCCUAAAUCUUCAUGGUGUGGGGAAAGGGAUCCCUUGUGUUAGUCCUGACCCUGAACCCCUAACGAUCUUGGACCGACUAGUGGGAAGCUCUUUGGAAGCCCUUGAAAGCUGCUUUGCCUAUGGACCAGUGCCUGAGAAGGAAAAAAGCAAGGCCUCUGCUCUUGAACUGGCUACCAUCCUGCUGUCCAUGCCCACCCCAUCCAGUGUUCAGCUACAGACCAAGAAUCUCCUGGCCAGUCUGCAUACCAGCCGCUCUGCUUAUCACAAUCACAAGGAUCAGGCGCUAUUGAGCAAUGCUGUGCAAUGCUUGUCCUCCUGCGUUCAUGAAGCCAAGGACCUUGAUCCAGAUGUAUUCCAGAGGUUGGUCAUCACCGCCCGGUCUAUUGCCAUCAUGCGUCCAACAAACCUGGUCCAUUUCACAGAUUCCAAACUGCCAGUGGGAGAAGCAGAGAUUCCUGACGAAGGGAAAGAGUCACAGAGAGCUGCAGAUGGAGACGAGGCUUAUGUUUUCAUCACACAGCUAGUCAGACAGUUCUGGAAACUCCAUGCAUCCAAACCAAAAAAUGCUUUCCUGGCUCCUGCCUGCUUGCCGGGGCUCACUCAUGUGGAAGCCACAGUCAAUGCUCUGGUGGACAUCAUACACGGAUACUGUACUUGUGAGCUGGACUGUAUCAACCUGGCGUCCAAGAUCUACAUGCAGAUGCUGCUGUGCCCAGACCCUGCUGUGAGUUUCUCCUGCAAGCAAGCUCUUAUUCGGGUGCUGAGACCUCGCAAUAAGCGCCGCCAUGUCACCCUACCAUCAUCUCCGCGCAGUAACACACCCAUGGGAGACAAGGACGAUGACGACGACGAUGAAGCUGAAGACAAGAUGCAUACUUCAGGUAUCGCUCACAGGGAACAUCUUCGGCAGCAGAGCCAAGAACAGAAUGAAACUGAUCACGGGGACUUUGAAAUGGUGUCGGAAUCUAUGGUGCUAGAGAGUGCUGACAGUGUAAACAAUGGAAACCCAUCACCUCUGGAGGCUCUCCUGGCCGGAGCAGAAGGUUUUCCACCAAUGCUGGAUAUUCCUCCAGAUGCUGAUGAUGAGACAAUGGUGGAAUUAGCAAUCGCACUCAGUCUGCAGCAGGAUCAGCAGGGGAGCAGCAGCAGCGCCCUAGGGCUACAGAGUUUAGGGCUCUCUGGGCAGGCUCCGAGCUCCUCUUCCUUGGAUGCAGGAACCUUAUCAGACACCACUGCAUCAGCUCUCCUCAUGCUUGUAGCUCCAGCCUCAGACGAUGAAGGAAGCACCGCAGCAACAGACGGUUCCAAUCUACGCACUUCUCCAGCGGAUCAUGGAGGCAGCGUGGGCUCAGAAAGCGGUGGCAGUGCAGUCGACUCGGUGGCUGGUGAGCAUAGUGUCUCAGGACGAAGCAGCGCUUAUGGUGACACCACAGUUGAAGGGCACCCUACAGGCCCGGGAAGCAUCAGUUCCAGCACUGGAGCAAUCAGCACUACUACUGGCCAACAUGAGGGCGACGGCUCUGAUGGAGAAGGGGAGACAGAGGGUGACACUCAUACCAGCAACAGACUCCACAUGGUGCGCCUUAUGCUGCUGGAACGCUUGCUUCAGUCGCUGCCUAGUCUACGAGGGGUCGGAGGGGUCCGUGCCAUCCCAUACAUGCAGGUGCUACUGAUGCUGACAGCAGAUCUUGAUGGGGAGGAGGAGAAGGAUAAAGGUGCAUUGGAUAACCUAUUGUCCCAGUUGAUUGCAGAGCUUGGCCUGGACAAAAAGGAUGUGUCCAAGAAGAAUGAACGCACAACGCUUAACGAGGUUCACUUGGUCAUCAUGAGGCUGCUCAGCGUCUUCAUGUCCAGAACAAAAUCUGGCUCCAAAUCCUCCAUCUGUGAAUCCUCGUCGCUGAUCUCUAGUGCGACUGCAACUGCCCUGCUGAGCUCCGGAGCUGUGGAUUACUGCUUACAUGUGCUCAAGUCUCUCCUUGAUUACUGGAAGAGCCAGCAGAGUGAUGAGGAGCCCGUGGCUACCAGCCAACUCCUGAAGCCCCACACCACUUCCUCCCCUCCUGACAUGAGCCCCUUUUUCCUGCGCCAGUAUGUUAAGGGCCACGCUGCUGAUGUUUUCCAGGCCUAUACCCAGCUGCUGACUGAGAUGGUUCUACGCCUUCCCUACCAAAUUAAGAAAAUUGCCGAUACCAGUUCCAGAAUCCCACCUCCUGUGUUUGAUCACUCCUGGUUUUACUUCCUGUCAGAGUACCUGAUGAUUCAACAGACUCCAUUCGUUCGACGACAAGUGCGCAAACUCCUCCUCUUCAUCUGCGGCUCCAAAGAGAAAUAUCGUCAGCUGAGGGACUUGCACACGCUCGAUUCCCACGUCAAAAGUAUAAAAAAACUAUUGGAGGAACAUGGAAUUUUCCUGCGUGCCGGUGUAGUCACUGCCAGUUCAGGAUCUGCAUUACAAUACGACACACUCAUUAAUUUGAUGGAACAUCUCAAAGCGUGUGCGGAGAUCGCGUCCCAGAGAACUGUCAACUGGCAAAAAUUUUGCAUCAAGGAUGAUUCGGUCCUGUACUUCUUGCUUCAAGUCAGUUUCCUGGUGGAUGAAGGGGUUUCUCCGGUGCUGCUGCAGCUUCUCUCCUGUGCUCUGUGUGGCAGUAAAGUUCUCUCUGCAUCGUCAUUCUCCAGUUCCAACGCUCAACCUUCCUCUGGCCCAACCGGUUCCCAGACCAAGUCAUCCACUAAGAAGAGCAAAAAGGAGGAUAAGGAGAAAGAGAAAGAAGGAGAAAGUUCCAACAGCCAAGAGGAGCAGCUCUGCACCGCCCUGGUCAAUCAGCUUAAUAAAUAUGCAGACAAGGAGACACUUAUCCAGUUCUUGCGAUGCUUCCUACUAGAAUCAAAUGCUUCUGCUGUGCGCUGGCAGGCCCACUGCUUAGCUCUCCAUAUCUACAGAAACUCUAACAAGUCCCAGCAAGAAUUGUUACUAGAUCUUAUGUGGUCCAUUUGGCCUGAACUCCCAGCUUACGGACGCAAAGCUGCCCAGUUCGUAGAUCUGCUUGGAUACUUUUCACUGAAGACCCCUCAAAGUGAGAAGAAGUUCAAGGAAUACUCCCAGAAGGCUGUGGAAAUCUUGCGAACACAAAACCACAUCCUGACCAACCACCCGAACUCAAACAUUUACAACACCCUUUCUGGUCUGGUAGAAUUUGAUGGUUAUUAUUUGGAAAGUGACCCAUGCCUGGUGUGUAAUAACCCAGAAGUUCCUCUGUGUAACAUCAAGCUUUCCUCCAUAAAGGUGGACACCCGCUACACUACAACCCAGCAGGUGGUUAAACUCAUUGGUAGCCACACUAUCAGCAAAGUGACUGUGAAGAUUGGAGACCUUAAACGGACCAAGAUGGUGCGAACCAUCAACCUGUACUAUAACAAUCGCACCGUACAGGCUAUUGUUGAGCUUAAAAACAAGCCUGCCCGCUGGCACAAGGCUAAGAAAGUGCAACUGACCCCUGGACAAACCGAGGUAAAGAUCGACCUUCCACUGCCUAUUGUGGCAUCCAACUUGAUGAUCGAGUUUGCCGACUUCUAUGAGAAUUAUCAGGCCUCCUCCGAGACCCUUCAGUGUCCUCGUUGCAGCGCCUCUGUACCCGCAAAUCCCGGAGUCUGUGGCAACUGUGGGGAAAAUGUGUACCAGUGUCACAAAUGCAGAUCCAUUAACUACGACGAAAAGGAUCCUUUCCUGUGCAACGCCUGCGGCUUCUGCAAGUACGCCCGGUUUGAUUUCAUGCUGUACGCCAGACCCUGCUGUGCGGUGGACCCCAUUGAAAAUGAAGAAGAUCGGAAGAAAGCUGUGACCAAUAUCAACACUCUGCUGGACAAAGCUGACCGUGUGUACCACCAGUUGAUGGGUCACAGACCCCAGCUGGAGAAUUUGCUCUGCAAAGUAAAUGAAGCUGCACCAGAGAAGCCUCAGGAUGACGCUGCCAAUGCCGGAAGCAUAAGUUCUACAUCUGCCAGUGUGAACAGAUACAUCUUACAGCUGGCCCAGGAAUACUGCGGAGACUGCAAGAAUUCUUUUGAUGAGCUCUCCAAGAUCAUUCAGAAAGUCUUUGCCUCUCGGAAGGAGCUGCUGGAGUACGACCUUCAGCAAAGAGAAGCAGCCACUAAAUCUUCCCGCACCACAGUGCAGCCCACCUUCACUGCCAGCCAGUACAGAUCCCUUUCAGUGUUGGGCUGUGGUCACACCUCCUCUACGAAGUGCUACGGAUGUGCCUCGGCCGUGACCGAACACUGUAUUACAUUACUCCGUGCCCUGGCCACUAACAGUACAAUCAGACACAUCCUGGUAUCACAAGGGCUCAUCCGGGAACUGUUUGACUAUAACCUGCGACGUGGGCCUGCCACCAUGCGGGAUGAGGUGCGGCAGGUCAUGUGCCUUCUCACCAGGGACAAUCCAGAAGCCACACAGCAAAUGAAUGAUCUAAUCAUAGGGAAAGUGUCCACCGCUCUCAAAGGCCACUGGGCCAAUCCAGACCUGGCCAGCAGCCUUCAGUACGAGAUGCUGCUUCUCACAGACUCCAUAUCCAAAGAGGACAACUGCUGGGAGCUUCGCCUGCGCUGCGCUCUGAGCCUGUUCCUGAUGGCUGUUAAUAUAAAAACCCCAGUAGUAGUGGAGAACAUCACUUUAAUGUGCCUGCGGAUCCUUCAGAAGCUUAUUAAGCCCCCCUCUCCGACUAGCAAGAAGAACAAGGAGGUACCUGUGGACACCCUUACAACAGUCAAACCCUACAGCAAUGAGAUUCACGCUCAGGCCCCACAGUGGCUGAAGAGAGACCCAAAGGCCUCAUACGAAGCUUGGAAGAAAUGCCUCUCUGCCCGUGGUGCUGAUCACAGUGGUAAGUCUCCUAGUAAAACAGAGAGGAGGCAGAUGUACCUGCAGGAGAAAUAUGUCUGGAAAUGGAAACAAUUCAUGAGCAGAAAGGGCAAAAGGACAUCUCCUCUGGAUCUCAAACUGGGGCACAACAACUGGCUGAGACAGGUUUUAUUUACACCUGCUACCCAAGCCGCCCGCCAGGCUGCGUGCACCAUCGUGGAGGCGUUGGCUACCAUUCCUAGCCGCAGGCAACAGGUCCUCGAUCUUCUUACCAGCUAUUUGGAUGAGCUGAGUGUCGCAGGGGAGUGUGCUGCUGAGUAUCUGGCACUUUAUCAGAAACUGAUCAAACCAGCUCACUGGAAGGUUUAUCUCACAGCUAGAGGGGUCCUGCCUUAUGUAGGCAAUCUCAUCACCAAGGAAAUUGCACGUUUGCUUGCACUGGAAGAAGCGACUCUGAGUACAGAUUUGCAGCAGGGCUACGCCUUGAAGAGCCUCACGGGCCUUCUGUCCUCGUUUGUGGAGGUUGAAUCAAUCAAACGCCACUUCAAAAGCCGCCUGGUUGGGACCGUGUUAAACGGCUACCUGUGCCUCCGGAAGCUGGUGGUGCAGAGAACUAAGCUGAUCGACGAGACCCAGGAUAUGUUACUGGAAAUGCUGGAGGAUAUGACGACAGGAACUGAAUCGGAGACCAAGGCCUUUAUGGCAGUGUGCAUUGAGACAGCCAAGCGCUACAGCCUAGAUGAUUACCGGACCCCUGUGUUUAUAUUUGAAAGACUCUGCAGUAUCAUAUACCCUGAAGAGAAUGAAGUGACAGAAUUCUUUGUAACUCUUGAGAAAGACCCCCAACAGGAGGAUUUUCUACAGGGCCGCAUGCCAGGCAACCCGUACAGCAGCAAUGAACCGGGUAUUGGGCCUCUCAUGAGGGAUAUUAAGAACAAAAUCUGCCAGGAUUGCGACCUUGUGGCCCUGCUGGAGGAUGACAGUGGCAUGGAGCUACUGGUCAAUAACAAGAUCAUUAGCCUGGACCUGCCUGUUGCUGAAGUUUACAAGAAGGUUUGGUGCCCAACCAAUGAGGGAGAGCCAAUGCGAAUCAUCUAUCGAAUGCGAGGCCUGCUGGGAGAUGCAACAGAGGAAUUCAUUGAAUCUUUGGAUUCGACAACAGAUGAAGAGGAGGAUGAGGAAGAAGUAUACAAGAUGGCAGGAGUAAUGGCACAGUGCGGAGGCCUGGAGUGCAUGCUGAAUCGCCUCACGGGAAUCAAAGAUUUCAAGCAAGGACGUCAUCUUCUUACUGUCCUCCUGAAACUGUUCAGUUACUGCGUGAAGGUGAAAGUCAACAGACAGCAGCUAGUGAAGCUGGAGAUGAACACCCUGAAUGUUAUGCUGGGCACCCUGAACUUGGCCUUGGUUGCUGAGCAGGAGAGCAAGGACAGCGGAGGAGCAGUUGUAGCCGAGCAGGUGCUGAGUAUCAUGGAGAUUAUCUUGGAUGAGUCCAAUGCAGAGCCACUGAGUGAGGACAAGGGCAACCUCCUGCUGUCCGGAGACAAGGAUCAACUUGUAAUGUUGCUGGACCAGAUCAACAGCACCUUCGUGCGCUCCAAUCCCAGUGUCCUGCAGGGUCUGCUGCGCAUCAUCCCCUACUUGUCCUUUGGAGAGAUGGAGAAGAUGCAGAUUCUGGUGGAUCGCUUUAAACCAUAUUGCACUUUUGAGAAGUACGACGAUGAGCACAGUGCUGACGACAAAGUCUUCCUGGACUGUUUCUGCAAGAUCGCUGCCGGCAUCAAAAAUAACAGCAAUGGGCACCAGCUGAAGGACCUGAUCCUCCAGAAAGGCAUUACCCAGAAUGCCUUGGACUAUAUGAAGAAGCAUAUCCCUAGUGCCAAAAACCUGGAUGCUGAUAUAUGGAAGAAGUUCCUGUCCCGGCCUGCUCUUCCCUUUAUUUUGCGCUUGCUGCGAGGAUUGGCCACACAACACCCUCCCACCCAGGCCCUAAUCGGUACAGAAUCCAUCUCUAAUUUGCAUAAACUGGAGCAGGUCUCUAGUGAUGAAGGCAUUGGUACCCUGGCUGAGAAUCUCCUGGAGGCUCUCCGGGAACACCCAGAUGUCAAUAAAAAGAUCGAUGCUGCGCGGAAAGAGACUCGUUCAGAGAAGAAGCGCAUGGCAAUGGCAAUGAGGCAGAAAGCACUGGGCACUUUGGGAAUGACUACAAACGAGAAGGGUCAGGUGGUGACUAAGACCACUCUCCUGAAGCAGAUGGAGGAACUCAUUGAGGAACCUGGUCUGACCUGCUGCAUCUGCAGAGAGGGAUACAAAUUCCAGCCCACUAAAGUGCUUGGCAUUUACACCUUUACCAAGCGCAUGAACCUGGAGGAGUCGGAGAACAAGCCCCGCAAGCAGCAGGGAUACAGCACCGUGUCUCACUUCAACAUUGUGCACUACGACUGUCACUUAGCAGCUGUCAGGUUGGCCCGUGGACGGGAAGAAUGGGACAGCGCGGCCCUGCAGAACGCCAACACUAAAUGCAACGGCUUGCUGCCAGUUUGGGGCCCCCACGUACCUGAGUCUGCAUUUGCCACCUGCUUAGCCCGGCACAACACUUACCUACAGGAGUGCACAGUUCAGCGAGAACCCACCUACCAGCUCAACAUACACGAUCUCAAGCUCUUGUUCCUCCGAUUCGCCAUGGAGCAAUCCUUCAGCGCCGACACAGGAGGAGGAGGCAGGGAGAGCAACAUACAUCUCAUCCCAUACAUCAUUCACACCGUGCUUUAUGUCCUCAACACAACCCGGGCCAUAUCCAGAGAAGAGAAAAACGUACAGACCUUUUUAGAGCAGCCCAAAGAGAAAUGGGUGGAAAGUGCCUUCGACGUUGACGGACCCCAUUAUUACACAGCGCUAGCACUUCACCUUCUGCCCACUGAGAGGUGGAAAACCAUCCGAAUUGACGUGUUACGCCGGCUACUUGUCAUCAGUCACGCACGAGCUGUGUCACCCAGCGGAGCAAACAGGCUGACAGAUAAGACCAUAAAGGACUACUCAGUGUAUCGUUCCAGUCUGCUCUUUUGGGCCCUGGUUGACCUCAUUUACAAUAUGUUUAAGAAGGUACCAACGAGUAACACAGAGGGGGGCUGGUCUUACUCCCUGGCCGAUUACAUCCGACUCAACGACAUGCCCAUCUAUGAGGCUGCAGACAAAGCCUUAAAAACCUUCCAGGACGAGUUCAUGCCGGUCGAAUCCUUUUCCGAGUUCAUAGAUGUGGCCGGGCUCUUAUCUGAAAUUGAAGACCCCGACGGCUUCCUUCGUGAUCUUCUCAACUCGGUCCCCUGAGCUCCUGCUGAAUUUGCUUUUAAUCCUCUGCCUGUUCCGUGUUGCUUCCCUGCGAGUGCUGCAGUAACGUGUUCCCUCUCUAUGACUUCUGCUGUGUGUGUGUGUGUGAGAGGCAAUGGGCCUAGACCCCUCUAGCAGCAGAACCCUAGCACCUUGUUCUUUAGUACCUUGUCAUUCUCUGACCUAGAGAUGUCGCUGUCCUAGGGUCUUGGCUUUUUUGUGUGUGUGAAUUUCAGUGAGCAACACUCUGGUUCUAUGAAAGAGCAUCAGCAGUGCGAAGUGGUUCUGUGAGUGGGAACUGGACCGGCCAUAGAAUUUCCACCAUCCCAACUGCAUGAAUUAUCCAGCCCAUAGUGAGGUUCCAUGACUGCAUGCCCCUUACCUUCUAAACUGCCUCCAUCAUAACAAUAUCCUGCUACUUACCCUUUACUUCUACAUUGAACUCCUUGCAUGUGUCCCCCAGCCUAGCAGGGGCCCGGUAACCUCAUCUGAUCUGACAGUUAUGGGCGGCAGUCAUCAAUUUUCUAUGGACGGGUCCAUCUACACAUCUUCUCCACACGUGUAUGGGCCAAGCACACGUCAACAUUGUGAGUGAAGACUGAGCCAUGAAAAUUUAUUAGGGUAUAAGCCUUUGUGUGAUAUUCUGUUGGCCCGAAUAAUGUGUAAUGUGGAAUCCAAUAAAGCUUUCAUUUCACAGUUUGAA